ACAGCAGUCGCAUCAGUAUAAGUGGCAACGUGGUCGGUGACAGCAGGCCAACACACCAUAACAUCUACUCUCAACCACCAUCAGAACACGGUAAAACGCCAUUCAGCUGUUCCAUGCUUGCAAUCUGAUAUGCAUUUAGGAUACAAAACGUAAACUGAGGACCCAAGGACGCUAACCUCAGCUCCAGUAGUUGUGUGUCGGCGGUGACGUCACGUUUCCUGCCCCGAGGAACGACUUCACUGGUACGUUCUUCAGGAUCUGUGUAUCAGAAUUACUUCAAUAACUCCCCUACACCGAUGGAUGAUUUUUUCAAACCCGGAAAAGCAAAGAAGCCAUCUUUGACGGAAUCAUUCAUCGGAUCAAUCCUUUCAAAACACUACGGUUUGCGCAUGUUUAGUUGCCAGGAACUAAACAGCUAUGACGAUUUCAACUUCCGGGUCAAAGCAGAGUCGACCGGAACGAAUGAAAACUUGGAAGUCAGUUGCCAUGGAUAUGUCUUCAAAGUUUUGAACUCUCUCGAUUCCAAGAAUACUGGUGUCAUAGACGCCCAACACGAGAUGAUGUCUCGGGUAUAUGAGAGUGGCAUCCUCACCCCCCGGGCCGUCCCUACCCUCACUGGACAUCUGUACCUGAUGGUGAACCUGCUACUUGAGGGGAGUGAACAUACAGACAGCGCUGACUCCGAUAGCUCCUUCAUAGUGCGGCUGUUUGAGUAUGUCCCCGGGGAAAUACUGGAAUCUGUCCCUCUCACCCCCCGGGCUGUGUUACAAGGUGGGGGUGAUGGCGGGCAGAUCAACGCCGCGUUGAAGGGGUUUCAGCAUUCUGGUUUCCAUGGUUACCAAAGGAAGUGGCACCUUGACCUUCUGCCGUUGCUCAAGAAACUGUUACACGUGAUUGAGGUCAAUGACGACAGACAGAUGAUCGGUGACGUCAUCGAAACCUUUCAGUCACAUGUUCUUGAUCAACGGAAUAACUUGUCUCAAGGAAUGAUCCAUGGUGAUUUAAACGCAGGGAACAUCCUGGUAACUAAAGCUGCACGUGACGACAGAUGGAAAGAUGAACACGAUGUGUCCGCCAUCUUGGAUUAUGGUGACAGUUCUUAUCAGCCUUACAUCUUUGAAGCUGCCAUAGCAAUGACCUACAUGUCAAUUCUAAGCGACAACAUCCCACCACAAACUGCAUCCGGGUACGUUCUGGCGGGCUAUCUAACCAAGAAUGAUUUGUCAGACAGAGAAAUUGAUCUGUUAAAGAUAUGCGUAUGCGCGCGCAUUUCUCAGUCCCUGGUAAUCGGCGCCUACUCAUUCCACAUUGAUCCCAGCAACGACUACACGCUUAACACGGCUAAGAAAGGCUGGCCACGACUUCGUCAACUGUGGAAAAUGGACACAGAACAGAUGGUGAGGGAGUGGCGAAACAUUGCCAGCUUAUGUAGGGAAACACUGGCGGCUGACUGACGACGACGACGACGAUGAUGAUGAUGAUGAUGAUGAUGAUGAUGAUUACAAUUAUGAGGAUGAUGAUGUGUCAGACUGUUAAGUUACAGUGACGACAUCAAGUGUUCUUGAACCGUUGUGUUUCAAGUGACCUUCGUGUCACCUAUAAAUAUAUAAAUUGAA